GGCCUGCCCAGCCCCUUCCUGCGCUGCCCUUCACAGCGACUCCUGGACCGCGUGGUCCGGCGCUAUGCCGAGGUGGCUGACGCUGGUAGCAUCUUCAUGGACCACUUCACAGACCGUGAUAAGCUGCGUCUCCUCUACACCCUGGCUGUCAAUGCGCACCCCAUCCUCCUACAGAUCUUCCCUGGGGCGGAGGGAUGGCCGCUGCCCAAGUACUUGGGCUCCUGUGGCAGAUUCCUCGUCAGCACCAGCACCAGACCGCUGCAGGAAUUCUACGGUGCACCCCCAGACCAGACAGCCGAUCUCGCCUACCAGCUCCUUGGUGUCUUGGAGUCCCUGAGGAGCAACGAUUUGAACUAUUUCUUCUACUUCACCCAUGUUGACGCAGACAUGUUUGGCAUCUUUAACAACGGGCAUCUGUUCAUCCGGGAUGCCAGCGCACUGGGCGUCAUUGACAAGCAGGAAGGCAGCCAAGCAGCCUCCAGGACAAGAGAGAAUCAAGACAUUUUUAGCUGCCUGGUUUCUGGCUGCCAAGCCCAGUUGCCCUCCUGUGACACUGUCCCUGAGAAGCAGAGCCUGGUGCUGGUAUGUCAGCAGUUGUUGCCUCGACUUCUUCAGAGAAAGUUCCCCUCCCCAGUGCAAGAGGAGAUAGACUCUGCUCUUGCCCAGUGUGGCCAGGGCACCCAGCCAGACCCAGAAGUCCUCAGAGCUGCCAGUCGGCUAAAGGACAUCUUGAGACCGCUGAGAACCUGUGACCCCAGAUUUGCCUACCGCUAUCCAGACUGCAAGUAUGAUGACAGGUUCUGAAGGGCUGGAGCCUAGCUGACCUGAGGGGACAACACCAACACGUUUGGCCCUCCAUUCCCAUAGCUGGGCUGUUGCCAGGUUGAAACAAGCAGCUCCAUUUUAAGCUAAACACAUUCAUUUCCCAAGAACUGAGGAACACUCAAACUAGGGAAAGAAGUUGUGUGACACUGUGUGAUUGCCGACACUGGCUGGGACAUCAUGGCAGAGUCCAGGGGUGAGCAACACAAGACCUGGAAGUGGACACACUCGAUAUCAUAUCUUUGAGCUUCAGUUUCCUCUGUUCUCCACUGAACACUCACAAGGGUGAAGGAAAACAGAAAUGUGAGGGGCCUGCGUCACAUGCUCACUACCUGCAGCCCAGGUGGUUACAAAGUGUGUUCCAGAAACACAGGCUGAGCAAAUGAAAAAAAGCCAUUCAGGUCAGGAGGCUGGGGAGGAGAGGCAAGGUGAAGGUGAGGCUCUGGGUCACUAGAAAUUUAGAUUCAAGCAAGGGGGCCCACUUCUGCUCCUGUACACCCUACUGUGCUCCACCUACUACCACUAGGUGAGGAGACUAUAGGCCCAAGGGACAUGCCCACCACAGCCCACUCCUGAGUCAUGGUCUGGAUGCCUGGGACUCUGUGCAAGCACGGUAGGCACCUCAUGGCAUCCAAAGGAGCCAAGGGUAAGAAGAGAAAGCAGGUCAGCUGGGGCCAGUGCACUAUUCCAGGUCCUCUAAGAAGCAGGUAUCAAGACAGGAUUGCACAGGCAAUAAUUUUCUUAGGGGAAAUGCCUUUAGCAAGAAGGAGAGAGCAGGCAAAGGUCUAGAGGAACCCCAAUGAAGAAGAGGCAGCAAUCUAAGAAGGGUUGUCAGAAUGUCCUUGAGGCAAAGUCAGCCACCAAAGGAGCCCUUUUAUCUCCCACGAAUGUACCCCUCCUAAUAUCCCUGCUGUACUUGGUGAUUGGCAAGACCAUGGUGUGGGAAGUGUGGCCUCAGCCCAGCUGCAAAGAUGGAUUUCAGACCCCAGCAUAUGGGGCACCAAGUCAGAGCAGAAGGUCUAUGAGUAGGGAGAAACUUCUCAGUGUAGCUACAGCUCAGAACCAGGACCCACUCUUGCCACACCAUGUGCUCCAGUGCACACUCUUUAAAAGUCCAAGAAUUUCAUUCAAACUUGGCCUUACAGGUCAUUAUUUUAAAAAAGUGUUUUGGGAGCUGGCAAAGUGGCUCAAAUGGUAGAGUGCUUGCCUAGCAAGCAUGAGACCCUGAGUUCAAAUCACAGUACCACCAAAAAAGAAGGAAAAAGAUUUCUCAAGGUUAACUAACAGAACAUAUUUUACUCAACAAUUAGUUUGUUUUAUACCUUUUAAAUGAAGUACUUAGCCAUGUGGGAUAUGGAGUUCCGGGUGUGCUCUUGUCCUAGCCCAUUGAAUAGUAGUGGGACCUACUAGACCUUUGCCCAGCCUGCCUGCCAGUCUUCUACCCCUAGGGACUUUUCAGUCUACCUUCUCUCUUCUACCUCUGAAUCAGCACCUUGAAGGUCAGAAUGCCUAGCUUAAUAGGCCUUACUAUGCAGAUGGGGAAACUGAAGGCCAGCGAGGAAGAGUGAUUUGCAAGUACAGUUUCAGAGCUCCCACUGUCUGUCCAUGUUCCUCUUGCUUUCCCCAUCAGCCUCUGGCUCUCAUCCUGUGCUAUCCAACUCUAGUCCUUUCCCUCAAAUUUAGAGAUGGACCCAAAGAAUAUAUUAGGUUGCCUUUUGAGUUUACCUUUUGACUGCUCCAGACAUUGUCCAAUGUCCCAUCCUCCAUGACAGUGAGGAUGACAGGCCAAGCUAGUAGAAGAGCAGGCUUGGGCUGCCUGAGAAACUUUUGAAACUGCUUCCUUCUCACUGGCCCUAGAGGGUAAAGUCUGACCACCCUUCCCUCUGCACAGGCACAGUUUCUCAUCUCUGCUGUCCUAACUAUAGCAUGUCCUCCUUAGCCAGCCUCCUGACCAGAAUCCAGGAAAGGAGCUGUAGCCUCCAGACCCUCCAAAGUUCCACAGAGAACUUCUGAUCCGUGAGCCAGGCCCAACCCAUAUCUCUAGGCCCAGGUGUUUUUUCCACUGCAAAAAUGCUUCCACAUGAUGAGUGACUUUGAGCAAAGUCCUCAAGGAGUCCAGAAAUGGCCUCUUCUUGAGGCUUUCUUACUCCUCUACAACAUGUGGCCCACCUGCAUAGCUCUCCACACCUCAGACCAGUGGCCUGAGACUCUGAAGAAUGUUCCUUCAAAACCAUCAUGUAACCCCUGGAGCUUCUGAGUCUAGGCAGGAAAUGCAGUUCCAGACCUGAAUCAGGACAAAGAGAUCUUGUGCCUCAUUUGAUGAAGUCCCAAGAGAGAGCAAAGAAUAAAACCACUUGAGCAUGCCCAGGGGGCUGUUGGGAGAUUUGCUUUUAGUAUAAAUUACAAUCAAACUGUGUAUUUGUACAGCUGUGUUCACAUCCACAGUGCUGGCCAGGAGCUGAUGAAGGCAGGGCAGAUAGAUGUUAGGCAGGGCCUACAUAUGCUUUGGAAUAGCCUAGAAAUGGCUCCCAAGCUGGGGUCUUUUCACAAGUUCAGGAGGUCAUAGAGUCCCUUUUCGGAUACACUUUCAGGACAGAGCAGAUGAGUUGUUAUUGUCAACAUGGGUGAACAUCACAGACCCUACUUGGGUUCUGCCUUCAGGGGACAUCCUCGUCAACUUCUGCCAUCUGCUGAUUGUCUCAGCUACUGUCUCCCUGUGCUGGAUAUAGAACAGAGCUUUCCAAAUCCCUCUUCAAGGGACAACUCUUUCCCCAGCAUGGGAAUGUGGUUGGCAGACAGCUUCAGCUGUCAACCCUUUCAGGCUCUGCCUCAGCCACUCUGUGGCUUCACUUGAGGUUAUACCCUUCCUAGUGACUAGGCUUGGUGAGGUGUGAUGGCCUAGCCAGUUUGGCUCACUAAACUACAACUCUGACAGGCAAUUCCUCAUUUCAGAACUUUCUAUCAAGUUUGUCAAGACUCUGCUAGGCCUGUAUCACAGUCUAAUUUCCUUCUUUCUGCUUUCACUGCAUUCCUUUAACAAGUAUUGAUCUUUAUUAAACAUCUUGUACCCUAAAGUGUGCUGAAUGGUGGCCCCCCAGAAAGAUAUGUCCACAUCCUAGUUUCCAGAACCUAUGACAAUUACCUCAUAUGGCAAAAGAUGUGGUUAAAGAUUUUGAGAGGAAAUUAUCCUGGAUUAUCCAUGUAGAUCCUAAAUGCCAGCCCAUUAGCUUAUAAGAGAGAGACAGAAGAAGAGGCAGCGAUGUGAAGACAGAGGUCAGGAUUGGGGUGGUCAGUCACAAGCCAAGGAACUCCAGCAGCCACCAGAAGCUGGAAGAGGCAAGAAACAGAUUCUCCAGUGCCUCCAGAGGACUGUGGCCUUGAUGACAUCUUGAUUUCAACCCAGUGAACUUGACUUCAAAUUUUUGGUCUCCAGAACUGUGAGAGAAUAAAUUUGUGUUGU